UCAACUUGGUCCGAAAAUCGAUUAUUCCUUGUACUUGUUGGCCUAUUGGGUGACGUGCAGCGCCAUCGUAUUACGAUAACGCAGUGUAGUAAUUAAACGUUAAAAAUAUAUAAAUAUAUAGUGUCAUAAUUCAAUACACCAGUUAUGGGACUGUGAAAAAACCAUUCUAUACUCGUGAUCAUUAAGAUCAUAAUAUUAUACAAGUAAAAUCUGCAAUCAAGAGUCCUAGAAGUAAUGGUCAAGUUGAGAAAACAAAUGGUACUGUUAUCAAAUGUUUAACUAUGAUAACUGAAAGUGGGAAGAACAGAGAUUGGGAUAUAAAGUUAAUGGAAGUAAAAUGUAUCUUCUUUUUAAUGAUUCGAUAUCAAUAAUGAAACGACAAAAUGUGCGUACCUUAUCUUUGGUUGUAUGUACAUUUACAUAUUUACUGGUCGGAGCAGCUGUUUUCGACGCUUUAGAAUCAGAGACCGAAAGAAAAAGAUGGAGCCAUUUAUUGGAACUUAAAGCUGCUUUGGUUAGAAAGUAUAACAUUAGCAGUGAUGAUUACCGAAUGAUGGAAGUGGCUAUUAUAGAGAAUAAACCUCAUAAAGCUGGUCCGCAAUGGAAGUUUGCUGGAGCUUUUUAUUUUUCAACGGUCGUAUUGGCCAUGAUUGGCUAUGGUCAUUCUACACCAGUAACUAUAGGUGGUAAAGCCUUUUGCAUGGCUUACGCAAUGGUUGGUAUACCACUAGGCCUCAUCAUGUUCCAAAGUAUUGGUGAACGUUUAAAUAAAUUCGCCUCAGUGGUUAUCAAAAGAGCAAAACAAUACUUAAAAUGCAACAAAGAAGAAGCAACUGAAAUGAAUCUCAUGUUUGCAACUGGUCUUUUGUCAUCCGUUAUAAUUACCACGGGUGCAGCUGUGUUUUCACGAUAUGAAGGAUGGAGUUACUUCGAUAGCUUUUAUUAUUGUUUUGUAACACUUACAACAAUAGGCUUCGGUGACUAUGUUGCACUGCAGAACGACCAAGCUUUGACAACUAUGCCAGGAUAUGUAGCUUUGAGUUUGGUGUUCAUUCUAUUUGGACUUGCAGUGGUAGCCGCCAGCAUCAAUUUGCUAGUACUGCGAUUCAUGACUAUGAACGCUGAGGAUGUUCGCCGCGAAGAUAAUGAAUUACAAGGAGUCUCCCAACACGUGAUAACUGUGGACGGAGAAGUAGUGACUUCGGUAAACGGCAAACUUCUAGCCGGCCAUACUAUCGGUAGAGGAACAGAUAGCAACGAUGACGUGGACCAAGUGUCAGUGUGCUCUUGUACAUGUGUGGGACCCAUACAUUACGAUUACAACAGGGAUAUGUUACCCGUCGACCCAGAACCCAUUUAUUCACCUUCGGAAGAGCCCGUAGUUGUGUUCAAACGAGUCUCCAUCUAAAUUAUUUCAUUCGUACUGUCAAGAGCUUUUCAUUACAUUUGUUAAGUUUUCCGGUUUUAUGGUGCGAGAAUAUAUACAUUUUUUACAUA